UACAAUGACGUCAUACCCGGUACAUCCCGAUAGCUUUACUCCCCGUUCGUGAGACUCGCUAAAAAUUUAGGUACACGUUUGUUUCCCAGUCACCCCAAACAUGGUUUUAAGGAGAGAGUAUCGGAUUGUUCUACCAUUGACCGUGGAAGAGUACCAGGUCGCUCAGUUGUGGGCUGUGGCGGAGGCCAGCAAGAAUGAAACUGGUGGCGGAGAGGGCAUUGAAGUUGUGGAGAAUAGACCCUACACAAAAGAUACGGAGAGUGGUCAAUACACAUAUAAAAUCUACCAUCUCAAAUACAAAGUUCCAGGUUACAUCAGGGCACUAGCACCCAAAGGUGCUCUGGAGAUGGUUGAAGAGGCCUGGAAUGCGUAUCCAUACUGCAAGACAGUAAUCACUAAUCCUGCAUACAUGGGAAAGGAAAAAAUGUCUCUGACUAUUGAAACCUGGCAUAAAGCCGAUAGAGGAGAAUUACACAAUGUUCAUGAUUUGCCCCCUGAAAAGUUAGCAAAACGAGAUGUAGUACAUAUUGAUAUAGCACACGACAAAAUCAAAGACAGCGACUACAAGGCAGACCAAGAUCCAAAACUAGUGGUUUCUCGGAAGCUCCAGCGAGGCCCGCUCAAAGACCCCAACUGGAAAAAAACCUGUGAACCUCACAUGUGUGCGUACAAGCUUGUGACCAUAGAGUUCAUAUGGUGGGGUCUACAGGGGAUGGUGGAAAGCUGGGUUCUGAAUGCUGAGAGAAGGGUCUUCACAAACUUCCACCGUCAGGUCUACUGCUGGAUGGAUAAAUGGGCCGGUCUAACUAUGGAAGAUAUCCGUGCCAUAGAGGACAAAACAAAAAAGGAGCUGGAAGACUUGCGACUCAAAGGAGAGUUGAAGGGAACCGUAGAAAAGUGAUUACCAGCUGCCUGCGGAUGACUCCUCAUUCCGAGUCAAAAGUGGAUGUGAGUGUGGAUUGGUAACCUGAGAACCUCCGCAUUUCACAAUAAUUAACCAUGUUUUUAGUGAUUGAAAUAGCCUCUUUUCAAGUCUCCCUUUUUGCUGUAUGACUGUUGAUCAUAGUAAAAUGUCAAAUCUGUACAAAUGCCAGCCAAUAACUUCUCUGUGUAAAUUUUUUCCAUUUUGGAAGCUUUGGAGUAAUACAAUUUUAUUGAGUUGUUUUGUGUUUAUAAUUCCAGUGCUGUUAUUAAUUUUUGCCGAGUACAAAUUGCAGUUUUGAAAAAAAAUUCUUGAAUAUGGGUUCAAUGACCUUCAAGCGGUUACAAUCAGUGUAUUUUGAUGAGAACACUUGAAGGAAAAAGUACUCUAGUAAAGUGUCCGAGGACUGUAGGUUUCCUCAUGCUAUUGUGUACUUUUUCCUCUCACACUUCUCACUUGUACGCAACUCCAGUCCACGGUAGAUUGUAAAGUUAGUUUUCAUCAUAACAUGGUUGCUUGGACUGGCUAAGUAACCUUGUUGUAACCGGAACUUGCGAAUGAAACGUUAAAAAUAAGACAAACAGAGAUACAUGUAUUGGGAGCAUCAGAAGUUACUCUUCUAAUAUUGCACUUUAUGUAAGAGUUGACCAUGUUCAUUUAUCAGGCUCAUAUGUGUUUUUUAACUGUCUCUGAAGUUUGUGACUCCAGUUGAGUAAUUUCAAAGAAGUUGCUCAAGCCGAAUCAAGUCACUUAUAAGUAAGGGGCUUCAGCUGAGUCAUUACGUCACUGUGGAUAAGUCAAGCCAGAUUUAUGUCUAAGUCUGUUCCAUUCACUGAUGUUUCAAUACCAUCUGAUAAAGUAACCUGAGAGAGGGUGGCUGAUAUGAGAAUAGGCUGUUAUAUUUGUUGGUGGAGUAGAAGGAACCAAUGCAAACAGGGCACCAGUGUUCAUGACAAUACCAAGAAUGAAAUUUGCUCCAUCUUACCCUAUGGAUGAUCUCGGCUGGACAUUUCUACCAGAAUUCUACGUCACAAGUCGCAGAAAGUGAACCUUCUGUGGAUUGACUUCAGGUUUGGGGUCCUUUUUACUCCGACACUAAAAAAACAAGUUGUCACCUUUAAAAAAUAAUUUUUGACUACACAGAAGGUAUUUAAAUUUUCUAGAGUAGGACAUAAGUUCAUUCAGAAUUCCAUCAAGGGCAUCAGAAAUCGCUCAAAUGCAGCACACAAAACAAAUGGGGCACUGUCUUAAAAGUUUAGUUCUUUGAUAUUGGUAUUGGACUUCAUUACAAUGCCACAAGAUGGGAAUACAUUGAUGUUUGUGGCUCCCACUUGAUGAUAACGUGAAGUGUGCGUACUCAGGCAUUACAAUAACUUUACCACAGUCACAUUUGUGCACAGUCUUGAUUGGAGACUGGAGCAAGUUCUGAACCUUUCACUCGAACCUUUCGGUGAGGAACUUCGAGUCAAGCGAUUGGCUUCCACUGACUCAGGCAAAGUCAGUUACCCCAAGCUGAGUUUGCUUCGUGAAGUUGAGUGGCUAAAUAUUAACUCCAGUUGACUUAUACUUGAGUCAUUGUGUCAUUACAACUCUGCUCAUACUUGACUGUACGUUUGUUGACCUCAAGAAGUACAAAUGAACUGUGUGCUGCAUGAAUAUUUGUAGGAAUAACUGUUGGAGCUCUGUUGUGAUCCAACAGAGAAUGGUAUUUAUGAUAGUAGGUAAAGUCACUGAGUUUAAGUCAUUUUAUUAUCCAAUUUAGAAAAAAAGCAAUGGUGUCUGGUCAGCAUUCCAUUUUGGUCUUUUUUUUACACUUCUAAAUUUUCAAGUUUUUAACAGCAUGCCUGAAAUGUUUCCUACUCAGAGUGCUUCAUACAUGUAGUGUGCAACUUGCUCAGUGUGUGGGGAGGUUUUGUUCCAUUGAAGAAUCUAUGCAUUUUUGUCCUUUCACACAUGCAUACCUGCUUUAUUCAAAUUUACUUUUAACGGUGUUGACUGGUAUACUGCAUAGACAUAGACCUGUCAUACAUGGAGGAUUUUGGACACAACUGAACCACAUUCUUCGUUCCCCAGGAAAAGUAAUUCAUCCACAGAAUUGGGGUUGAGAUGAGAAUAACUCACAGGGACUGAUGAAACUCAAGUUUUUGCUCAUUACUUUUAUUAAUGUUUGCAAGUUUAUGACAGGACUCCAACAGCAACUGAAUAUCACCCCCCCCGUGUGCCUAUAGGUGUACAUGUAGUUGUAAAUUUAGAAUGUGUCUGUUGUUAAUGUUCCUCAGGAAUAGCACAAAGACUGCAGAUGGAUAAUAUUCAAAGUUUUGACAAGUAACAACAUGGUGCACGGUUUUAAUAAUGAUUACUUAUGGCUCAGGCUACAGCAACCUUGGUCUAGUUCCUGUGUAACAAUAACAAGUUGCUGCACGUUUUUGAAAGUGAUGUUAACUAGACUAUUCAUUGUGUUGAAACUAAAGUAGAGCAAAAUGAUAUGGCAAUCUCCUGAACGUCCAAGUUAACCAUUGAGAAAUCGUGCAGUGGGAGAAUCUGUUGGAACUGUCAGUGUUAUCUCCUUUCAUUAUGUGUGUAUUUAACAAUCUGUCCAAGUGAGAGAUAUAUGGAAAAAGUGCAGAGCUUGGUUUGCCGCUUUUAUUAAUGCACAUGCCAGGUGGUUACAAUAUGAGUAAAAAAAAUUCUUGAGAUUUGUUUCAUUUUCCAGUUUAUUUUUACCCCCCCCCCCGGAGACGGCCACAUUUUGAUCUUUCAUGGUUGUAAACACAAGCCACAGUAUGCGGAAGUAGUGAUGUGCAGUCAAGAUGUCUGUCUUCUGUAAAUGAUACAUAUAGAAUGGGGAUAGAAGGUGAGCUUGAACAUGCGCAUCCGGUUUAAAUAUCACGAGCUGUAAUGUGUAACUAGCCCCCAGCCAUUCAUGUUAUCGCUGGAAUUGACUAAAAUUGGAGAACAUUUCCAGUUGAUUCCCGUGCACUUGGCAGUUUAACCACUGAAUUUAUUAUCUUGAAUUUUUAAUGAAGUGAUGAUAAGUUGACGUAUAAACGUGGACAGCAACUUGUCUUGAGUACUGCACAUUCACCAGAGCCCGCUCAGAACAAAGGAAGAUUUGGAUUGCUUGCAAGUUGGAUACAACUCCACUGCCGGCCAAUCAGAGCAGUGGUGAGGAAAGAGGCCAAGGUUGAUUGGUCAGUAGCUGUCAGAUGACUUCGUCACUCUGAGAUAGACAUCUGCUGAUUGGUCGUCAUUUGGAGGUCUUGCGUAUCCAUUCCAAUACACUGUGAAUUAUUUACCUGAAGAUAGCAUGUAGUUUGAACAAUUUAGCUCUCACUGUGGGGUCUUUAUCAACAUAGUCCUUGUUAAAUUUACCAAAAUUGUGUCUGAACUGCACAAUUGUACCAAAAGUAAGAAAUGAAAAUAAUUGUAUUUAGAUUUCAGGACCUAAUCUUUAAUCAUCAACCUUUUUAAUUUAAAGCAAGGAGAAGUGUCUUGGUGAAAUGGCAGAUUAACGGCAGAGUCUAGCGGAAAAUUUGUUUAAUUGAAUUUCUUGUAUAUAAAGUCCACGUCUUAAGGGUGUAAUACCAAACAUUGGUGUGGUUGUGUGAUGUGUGGGACGUGAAAGAGUUUUUCAUAUCGAAAGUGUAAACUUUAAAAUCCGUAUGCGUAAAAUGUAAUGUUACAUCUAAUCAUGAAAGGCCUGUAUGCAAGAUUGUCCGUUAGAAUAUUGAACGUGAUAAUAUCUGUCUCGUCAGUGAGCACAGAUGUGCUAGGAGUAGUACUAGUGCGGAAUUUAGUUUCAAUGAAACCGUAGAACCAUGUGAAACAUCUGGAUACAUAUUUACAGUGAUACGUGACCGACAAAGAUGCCUCAGGUUUUAUCUUUGUUUGCUUACUGUGUGCAUUUCAUAUGCACGCACCCGUGCAUGUAGCGAGAAAGUGUUAAGUUCAGACACCGUUGUGUCAGCAAGGUUCAAGCAAUAUUGAAGUGUACGUGUGUAUGUAGCUCCAGACGUUUCAUGACGUCGUCCGUGCGUGUGCGCAGUUCAAGCUUGGUAGUGAGGGAUGGGGGGCGCUUAUCAUGUUCCCUGCCAUUCUUGGCAGCAAGAGACGUAGACGGCUUAUUCUGCUUUGAAAGUUGCCCUGCCAUGGAGGGACCGGGCGUUAGGGAGGAAUAUGUAAACAGUUAAAGUUCACUUACCCCUAAUUUAGGUUCCACACAGCACCAUGCAAGUGAUGUAUUUUAUUUACACGGCUUGUUAUUGGGUCAGUUCUUUGGCGAAGGUACGACCCUUAGGCCGCAAGUACAAAAGCAAAGGAAUUAUAUACGUUAAAUCUCAAGCAACUGUCUGAACACCAAAUAAUAAACACUGCUAAAUAGAGUGAAAAGACAUCCCUCGUUAUAAGUAAUGAACGAAUGUACAGUGUAAAAUAUGUUUCACCAACCUAGGAAGAUAUUUUUUUCCUUGAACAAGACAAGCUUCAUAACCAAAGUUGGAACCGAGUUAAGCCGGAUAUGCUAGGGUGGAAAUUCUGGUGUGACAUUGUGCCCGAAACAAAAAUAUCUCAUUCAGCUUCAGUGGAAUUAACAUAAUUUUAAUUAUCGUUACAUUUAUUGAAUAUAAAAAUGUUUAGACGAGUGCAAACACCCUUUCUAGAUGGUCUUUAAAAUGCAGAAUCCUGUUCCGGGCUAUUUAAAAACAUUUUAGGGGCAGCCUUAAAUGUAGCCAGUAGACAAGUUCAUGUAUUAAGAAUAAAAAAUAUUUUUAGAUUAUUUUUUGUUCGUGUAUUAUUGUCGUACGAACACUACUUAGUUUUUUUUUCUGUCGUUGGAAGUUACCUCUUACGUCGUAAUCCCCGACUUCUCAAGUGUCUUGACUGUAAACGUGUCCAGAGCUGGAAUGGAAAAGUGGUGUUACCAUGUCAGCAAGAAUUGCUUGUACGCAUGGCAUCAGCAACUUUGUAGUCGCAUCCUGGCAUCAAUGUAUUUUAACACUAGGUCUUAUCAUUUGGCGUAAAUAGUCUUAAGAAUUUUGUUAUAAUUGAAGAAUGAAUACUGUGAUCCAAUAUCUCAAAUAAAAGUGGAAUAUUUAAAGUGAAA